AUGCCAACCAAUCUCCAGCCCGAGGAACUGCCGCGUCGGCAUAACAAGAAUAGCAUGCACGAGCUCAAGCUCCGCCGCAUCCUCGAGAACAACGCGCGCCUCAAGGAGGACCUGAGCCGGCCACGGGUUCCCGUCUCGCAGGCCAGCCUAGGACUCAUCCGGUACUGCCAGGACACACGCGACCCGAUCCUUCCCAGCGUGUGGGGCGAGCUCAAGCGCGGCGAGGACCCGUACGCGCCCCCCGAGACCGGGUGUGGCUGCACCAUCAUGUAA